AUGUCCCGGCUGGAUUUGGAGAUGCUGGCCGAAAUAGAGCUGCGGAAAGAUGAGGAGCAGGCAGCUGCCCUGAGCAUAGUGAGAAGGCUGUUGGUGGUGCCCUUGGCCGGCCAGGAUCCCGCACUGAGCAUCAAUCACCCCUUCUACGACGUGGCCAGGCACGGCAUCCUGCAGGUGGCAGGGGAGGACCGCUUUGGGAGACGAGUCAUCACCUUCAGCUGCUGCCAGAUGCCCCCCUCCCACGAGCUCAACCACAGACGUCUGCUGGAGUAUUUGAAGCACACGCUGGACCAGUACCUGGAGAGUGAUUACACCGUUGUCUACUUCCACUACGGGCUGAACAGCCGGAACAAGCCGUCCCUGGGCUGGCUGCAGAGCACCUACAAGGAGUUUGACAGGAGUGAUAAGUUUGGGAAAAAAGUAGUCUAUUUCAACUACUUGAGUGAGCUCCGCGAACACCUCAAGUAUGGCCAGCUGAUCGUCCCCCUGGAGGUUCUGCGGUAUGACGAGAAGCUCCAGAAGCUACACAAGGGCAGGUCGCCCCCUCCCGCCAGGACACCACCACCACGGCCCCCUCUGCCCACCCAGCAGUUUGGCGUCAGUCUGCAAUACAGGGGUAAUAACAGCCUAGGCUGUCUCAUUCCACCCCGGUUGCUGAGGUUCACAGUGACCUACCUGAGAGAGAAAGGACUCCACACUGAGGGCCUGUUCCAGAGAUCGGCCAGUGUCCACACCAUCCGCGAGAUUCAGCGUCUGUACAAUCAGGUGAGGAAGCCCGUGAACUUUGAUGACUAUGGCGACAUCCACAUCCCUGCCGUGAUCCUGAAGACCUUCCUGCGAGAGCUGCCCCAACCACUGCUGACCUUCAGGGCCUAUGAACAGAUUCUCGGGAUCACCAGUGUGGAGAGCAGCCUGCGGGUGACCCGCUGCCGCCAGAUCCUGCAGAGCCUUCCAGAACACAACUAUGCUGUCCUCAGCUACCUCAUGGGCUUCCUGCACGAGGUGUCCCCGGAGAGCAUUUUUAACAAAAUGAACAGCUCCAACCUGGCGUGCGUCUUUGGGCUGAAUUUAAUCUGGCCAUCCCAGGGGGCGUCCUCCCUGAGCGCCCUCGUGCCUCUGAACUUGUUCACCAAACUGCUGAUCGAACACUACGAGGUCUUCAGCACCCCGGAGGCCCGUGGGGAGCUCGGCACCGGCGUCCCUGAGGCAGCUGGGACGCCCCGCUAG